AUGUCCAAGCUAUCAUACAUCUACGAGGAAAAAGAGGAAGAUGAGCUCAUAGACCUCCAAUCCGGCAUGGAAACACUUACAAUAACGAUUGCUAACGAUCUUCAAGAACUAAAGGUGGAUAUUGGCAAGCUACAGCAGCAGAGGGAGGACAUAUUAAGACUAAUUGAAGCCUCACAACAACCCAUGGUACAAGCCAAUUUGGACACACCAGCGGCCCAUUUUCAAAUCUCCCACGCCCUCGCUAUGGCUAUCAGUUUUAUAGGAAUUUCCCUUCUUGACCAAGCGAUGAGAGAGUGCAAAGGAGCUUUGAAAAUUGCUCAAGAGCUUAAACAUGAAACAAGUAUUGCGAGGUGCUACUAUUGGAUGGGCCGUAUUGAACUCGAGCUCCAGAACUUGCCAGCCGCCCACACAUACUUCGAUAUUGCGAAGCCUUGUGUAAUGGAUGACCAGAAUUCAGAAGGUACAAACUGGGGAUUUUAUUGGAAUCUCACAAAACCCACUCUUAGUGAAGAUUUUCGAAAGCGCAUGCUGUUCUAUCAUGAUAUUGGAGUCCUUGAGGACACAGCAGAAAGUGAGCCAGGGUUGGUGAUGGUGAAUACUCGGACGUCGAUGAAGCGUAAACGUGAAGAUAGAUGGGAAUAUGUUCUUCGCAGUCCAACAACUUCUAAAAAGUCCAGAUCUCAAUCUAUCGAAAGGUGUCAAACUCAAAGAGGUAGACCUACAGUGUGGAUGGUUGGCGACACCGAAGAUCUUCAGAGCCAAUUCAGAAAGACUGCGAUAAAGAGUGGAAAGGAAAGUUCUUCAAAAACAGACUGGGAGUGGAAAGGAACCUCAAAGAACGGCCAUCGGUUUAAGGGAACUCAAUUCACAUUUCGCAAAUACCCAAAGGGUCUAUCAAGUCGUACGCGCCCAAUGAGUAUUUUUGCUGAACUGCCAGAUGAGUGUAUUAUUUCAGCUGACCAAUGGAAAUUCCUGAACGGCACUUCAAAGGAUCUGUGGACUACUAUGGAUUAUCUUGCUGAAGAGAGGAUGGAUUUGAAAAAGAGGAAAGAGAAGAAGGAAGGACAGACUAGCUCCAGCGGCCACCGGCAGCCACCCAAUUUAUCAUGCAGAUGA